CAGAGCCAGAGAAAGAUGGGAAUGGAUUGUAAAUUCAGACGAUAUCAGAAGGAAGCCGGCACAUUUUUCUCGCCUUUAUCCACUGUUUUAGCUUCUGCGCUCACGAAGAAGCCCAAGGGCGCGGAGGCAGUGGUGGGCGGAUCAGUGGUUUUCGAAGCAGAGACGGAGAAGAAGGAAACGAAGGUGAAAUGGCAGAAAAACUCCGUUGACAUUGUCGAAAACGACAAAUACGUCAUCACCGCGGACGGGAACAAGCAUUCCCUCACCGUUAAGAACGUCACCAAGGAAGAUGAACUCGUUUACGCAGUGAUUGCUGGGAGUUCAAAGGUUAAAUUUGAACUCAAGGUGAAGGAUCAAGAGAAAGCGGAUGAGGGCGCCGCCAUCUCUCCACCUGCUCCAGAACACCCGGCCCAAGAGGGCAGCGAGCCCGAAGUUCUUCCGGACAGUCAGCAGCCUGACACAAGGCAGGAUCUGACCGGCCUCUUUCUUGAGAAGCCCCAGAGUGGAGAGGUGACUGUGGGUGAGAAUAUCACGUUCACUGCCAAAGUGGGCUCCGCCAACCUGCUGAAGAAGCCCACCGUGAAGUGGUUUAAAGGGAAGUGGAUGGACUUGGCCAGCAAAGCAGGCAAACACCUGCAGCUGAAGGAGGUCUACGACAGGAACUUGAAGGUGUACACCUUCGAGAUGCACAUCAUCGGGGCCAAGGCCAACUACGCCGGGGGGUAUCGAUGCGAAGUCUCGUCCAGGGACAAGUUUGACAGCUGCAACUUUGAGCUCAUCGUGCACGAGGCCCGCGCUGUUGAAGAGGUGGACAUCAGAGCUGCUUUUCGACGCACGAGCAUUGGACCAGGAGGGAAACGGAAGAGUGGCCCAGGCGGAAGUAGCUGCGAUGGAGGAGAGGAAGCAGGGGAACUUGAUUUUAGCGCUUUGCUGAAGAAGAGAGACAGUUUUUUAAAAGCCUCAAACCGAGCAGUCCAGGUGAACGCGCAGCCCGAGAUCGACGUCUGGGACAUCUUGCGCAAGGCGCCGCCUACCGAGUACGAGAAGAUCGCUUUCCAGUACGGCAUCACGGACCUGCGGGGCAUGCUGAAGAGGCUGAAGAAGAUGAAGAAGGAGGAGAAGAAGAGCGCCGCUUUCCUGAAGAAACUGGACCCCGCGUACCAAGUGGAGAAGGGUCACAAGAUCAAAUUGGUCACCGAAGUGGCCAACCCCGACGCAGAGGUGAAGUGGCUGAAGAAUGGCCAGGAAAUUCACCCCACCGGCAGCAAGUACAUCUUCGAAAACAUCGGUAACAAGCGGAUUCUCACCAUCAACCACUGCUCGCUGGCGGACGACGCUGCCUACGCGUGCGUCAUCGGAGACGAGAAAUGCGUCACCGAGCUCUUCGUCAAGGAGCCCCCAGUUCUCAUAGUGCGCCCCCUGGAGGACCAAAUGGCGAUGAAGGGCGACAGGGUGGAGUUUGAGUGCGAGGUGUCUGAGGAGGGAGCCCAUGUGAAAUGGGAGAAGGAUGGGGUGGAGCUGACCCGCGAGGAGACCUUCAAGUACCGGUUCAAGAAGGACGGGAGGAAGCACUUCCUGAUCAUCAACGAGGCCACCAAGGAAGACAUCGGCCACUACAGGGCCAAGACUAAUGGAGGGGAUUCUGUGGCUGAGCUGAUGGUGCAGGAGAAAGAGCUGGAGGUCUACCAGAACAUCGCGGACCUGACGGUUAAGGCCAAGGACCAGGCAGUGUUUAAGUGCGAGGUGUCCGACGAGAAUGUCAAGGGUAUCUGGUACAAGAACGGGGUGGAGGUGACCGCCGACCAGCGGAUCCACAUCACGCACAUCGGAAGGAUCCACAAGCUCACGAUAGAUGACGUGAAGCCCGAGGAUGAAGGAGACUACACGUUUGUGCCAGAGGGAUAUGCCUUCAAUCUUUCUGCCAAACUGAACUUCCUAGAGGUCAAGAUUGACUAUGUUCCCAGACAAGAUCCGCCUAAAAUCCACCUGGAUUGCGUGGGCCACCUCCCAGAAACCACUAUCAUCGUGGUGGCGGGGAACAAGCUGCGCCUGGACGUGCCUAUCUCUGGGGACCCUGCGCCCACAGUGGUGUGGACCAAAGCCGACAAGGGCAAAUCUAGAAAGCCGAAGGGCGACGAGUCUGCAGGCGUGGAGUUCAGUGCUGAUCUGAUGAAAGACGGGGAAGUGAUCUCGGACUCGGACGGCCGGGUGCACGUGGAGUCCUGCAGGGACCACUGCACUUUCACCAUCGAGGGGGCGGAGCGGCAGGACGAGGGCGUGUACACUGUGGUGGUGCGGAACCCGGCGGGCGAGGACACCGCGGACAUCGCCGUCAAGGUCGUGGAUGUCCCUGACCCCCCUGAAGCCCCCACGAUCAUCAGUGUUGGGGAGGACUCCUGCGUGGUGCAGUGGGAGCCCCCAAAGUUUGACGGCGGUCAGCCAAUCCUUGGAUACGUGCUGGAGAGGAAGAAGAAGAAGAGCUACAGGUGGAUGAGGCUGAACUUUGACCUCCACAAGGAGCUGACCUACGAGGCGAAGAGGAUGAUUGAGGGGGUUGCGUAUGAAAUGCGGGUGUACGCGGUGAACGCCAUCGGGAUGUCCCGUCACAGUCCAGCAUCUCAGCCCUUUGUCCCAGUCGCUCCCACCAGCGAGCCCACAGGCCUGGCCAUCGAUGACAUCAGCGACACCACCAUUUCCCUGAAGUGGAGACCCCCAGAGAGGCUGGGCUCAGCUGGCCUGGAUGGCUACAUUGUGGAGUACUGCAAAGAAGGCUCUGACGAGUGGGUGCCAGCCUUCGAGGGCCUGACGGAGCGCACCUCCGUCAUCAUCCGGGAUCUCCCCACGGGGGAGAAGAUGCAGUUUCGCGUGCGAGCCGUCAACGUGGCGGGUAGCAGCGCCCCCGCUACCCUCUCCCAGCCCGUCACCAUCCGGGAGAUCAUGCAACGCCCCAAAAUCUGGAUUCCUCGAAGCCUGCGCCAGACUCUGAUCAAGAAGGUUGGAGAAACAGUCAACAUCGUAAUUCCUUUCCAGGGCAAGCCUAGGCCAAAGGUCACCUGGACAAAAGACGAUCAGGCCCUGGACCCUAAGCAGGUCAGCGUCCGUAACAGCGACACGGACACCAUCCUCUUCAUUCGCCGAGCUGACCGCAAAGAUUCGGGCAACUAUGAGCUGCAGGUGCAGAUUGAGAACAUGGAGGACAAGGCUACCAUCAACAUUCAAGUUGUGGACAAGCCCGGCCCUCCCCAGAACCUGAAGAUCACAGAUGUGUGGGGUUUCAAUGUGGCUCUGGAGUGGAAACCGCCGAAGGACAACGGCAACAUGGAGAUCACAGGCUACACCAUCCAGAAGGCCGAUAAGAAGACCAUGGAGUGGUUCACGGUCUACGAGCAGUACCGCCGUACCAACUGCGUUGUGUCGGACCUCAUCAUGGGCAACGAGUACAUCUUCCGGGUCUUCACCGCGAACCUGUGUGGCCUCAGUGAAGAGCCCUGCGUGUCCAAGGACAGCGCGUACAUCCAGAAGACAGGGAUUGUGUAUAAACCACCUGUCUACAAGGAGCAUGACUUCAGUGAAGCCCCCAAGUUCACUCACCCCCUGGUGAACCGCUCAGUGAUCUCGGGCUACAACGCCACUCUGAGCUGUGCUGUCCGAGGCUCGCCCAAGCCUAAAGUGACCUGGUACAAGAACAAAAUGGACAUCAGCAACGAGCCCAAGUACAGGAUGUUCAGUAAACAGGGGGUGCUGACCCUGGAAAUUCGGAAGCCCUGUCCCUUUGAUGGAGGGGUGUACACCUGCAAGGCCGUCAACGAACGGGGGGAGGCUUUGGUGGAGUGCAAGCUGGAGGUCAGAGUUUCCCAGUAAGCAACAGACUCUCCCUCAGCACUGCUCUGCAGUGAUGGCCAGCAAGCCAGGAGGUUGGUCGAAAUGAGAUUACAGAGAGGGACACGCAGGAAAGAAACGGCAGCGCAUCCAUUACCUGCACCUGACCCCCGCAACACUGGGAACUGUGCGACAGAUUCGAAAAUAUUUGCUAGGCUUUCAUUCACAGUAUCAGCCUGGUAGUGCCUGUGCACCACUUGUAAAGAGACGACAUCACACUUAAAAACCUUCUUGCACCUGCCUGGCUCUUUUGAUUGGUAAAGUUAUUUCAGUCUCACUAGAUCAUAUAUCUAAUCUUAAUUUUGGAAAUUGUAAGAGCAUUUGUAAGGAAUUAAAACCCCAUAGAAUGCAGCCUCACGGUGUGAUUUGUGUGAUUUUCACAAACUCCACUAGAUGUGUUUUCCUGCAUGAUAAGGUAGAACAAAUAGCAGAGCACUGCAGAUACAGAUAAGAAACAGUUGUUUCCUUGGACAAUAAAAUUCCCUUUGCAUCUCAA